CACGAUAUCCAAGCGAGAGGCAGAACGGAGAUGUAGUGUGAGUCUGCGCAUCCAUGCAUCCCUCUGGCUGGCGAUUCAGAACUAGUCAUGCAGGCGCUCGGCGUUUGGCGCGUCGCUCACCCUCAGGCUCUCCCCCGGCUACCCGCUUGCCGUCCAGCCUUUGAUCGAUGAUCGUGAAGGGGUUCCUCGCCACUGGUCUUGAUGACCUGCUGUCUUCCUCGGCCGUGCUGUUCCCUGUCAGUCCAUCCGUGAGAAGUCCGUCUGUGAGCAGGUUCCUCAGAUCUCGAGGCUCGCCCGUUGCCAUUUCAGCAGACGAACGAUCAUCAUGGUGAUGGGCCGCAAAAGCGGGUGCCGUUUCCUGAGCUGCUCGAGCUCUGUCGCCGAGGAUGCGCUGGCGCUGUGUCGACGUGCUCCCUCUUGCCGCCAACGCAUUUGCCUUGUCGAGGAGCUUCUGCACAGCGGUGGUCCUCCCACUCAACGCUGUCGGUGGACGAGCCUUGUGGGGACGAGGAGAGUGGCCAGGCAGGAGAGGGGAGGGCUUGGACAGACGAGGGGAAGGGGACGGGGUGCCUCUCCUGAAGAUGGACGAGGGCCCAGUCACGGCAGCUCGAAUGCCGGCCGUCUGCAGCACCUUCGGGUUUUUGCUCUUGAGCUUCUCGGCCGCCGCAUCCGCCAGUCGCUGCCCGGCGGCUUCUCUCUGAGAUGGCUCUUGCAUAGAGAAGCCCUGCAUGCCCGACAGUCCGGGGGGUUCGUUGACCGAGUCUCGGAUGGCUUGGGCGGCGUCAAGCAGGAGAGGUGUAGAUGCGAUUUCGCCCCAGGUCAUGAGCGGGGACUCGUCAGGUCCUUGGCCUGGAUGGAGGCGAGGGGUGGAGACCAUCGCAUACCCUCGAUGAGAUAUCGGCGCGUCUGGAGCGGGGCUCUGGACUGGUGCUCCCUUCACACGUGACGAUGGAACCUGCCGAAGACACAAGCGAAGCCAGGUGGGCAGUGCACUUCCGGAUGAGUCCGUCCGUCCGCUUCUUGUCCCACCUGUCCUGAGCGCACGAUGUCGUUCAUGGCUUUCUCAUGGUCCUUCGCACGAACCUGGGCGUGCAUGCGAGCAGCCUGACGUGCCUCUGCAUCAUCCUUCUCCUGCAUACAACGCGAAUGAGAAGACAUGCAUGGCACUGCUCAUUUGGCCGCUCACCUGCAGGGCUGUCGGGAAGCGCGUGUUUCGAUUCUUGAUCUCACGAUCAAGCGCAGCGACCUUGCUUGAUAGCUGGCCCUCAUCCGUCCUCCCCACCAGGCCCCUCUCUUCCACCCCCCCCUCGCUAGAGUGUUCUUGAGGAUAGAACAUAAGAGCAUUACGCGCCUGGUGCUUUGUGUACUGGAGGUCCUUGAUGACCUUGCCGUCCCCCUCACCCCUGCCCGCUCGGUCGACGCUGUCCUGCAGCUGCAGGUGUCUCGUGUUGUGGUACCUCAUGCAUUCCUCUAUCCACCACUCCUUGUCCGUCAGCUGCUGUUUCUCCUGGGCUAUGAUUCGCUCGAACGAUGCAUUGUCUUCGCUCGUGUAGUGCCGCUGAAACUUGUCCAGGCGAACGUGGGGGGUGACCUCCACCGUGCGGCCAUCCACAAGUGUCAGCUUCUUCACUCCCUCUUGUUGCCGGUGCUGCAUCGUCGUGCUGCGUUCCGCAGCGAUAGAUGUCGGCUUCGCCCGUCCGGCAGCGACCGAUUGCGCCUCGUCCAUGUGCCUUCUCUCCUUCAUUUCUUGAUAACUUGGUGUUCCGGCCACACUGGCAGGCGUCAUCUGCUGAAGUCGCUGGUGAGCGGCCAUCACAUCCUGCUCGGAGGCAGCAGGGUCCCUCUGGAGGUCGAGAAGCGCCCGCAUCGCUCGUAACUUGGGCAAGUCGGGAAAAAAGUCGCGCUCGAUGAUCUCAGAGAUCAUGGACGUGUAGUCGUCUUCGCUGAGCACACGGGAGGGAAUCCGCGGAAGAGGGUGCGGGUUGGGCACAGCAACAGCAAGGUUCGAUGCCAGAGAGUUCGCAUCUCUUGCGACGAUGCGCUCUUCAGCGCUGCUUAUCAUUGGAUGUACAAACAACUAACGCACUGGAAAGGCG